AUGUUCAUUCCCACAGCAUCCUCGCCUCCAGCAAUUCCGGAUGACAUACGGGACGCGAUCGAGCUGCUGCUGAAAUACGAUGAUCCGCAUGAGGAUCUCAAGAGAUUUUUGAGCGUAAGCGAAGGUCGACCACACGACCGGGAUGGCAUGUCAUCCUUGGACGGACACAGACGCAUGAUGAUGACAUCAGUUGACCUGGACGAGGAUGUGAGACGUCCAGGGUCCAAGACGGACAACCCGAGCCCCAACAGCGGGCGCCUGGAAAAAGCUGUAGAGGUCACAAGAAUAUGUUCAGAUGCCAUGACAUCGCCGACUAAAGAUCACAAUGAAACCGCAGGACAAACAUUUUCUCCUAAAAUGACUUUGGCAGACCCAGUAACUUCUAUGAAACUGAGUGAAACAAUCGUCAGAGUCCAAGAGCCAAAGUCGGUAGCAGACGUCUGGCUUCAGGCUGACACACCUCAAGUACCUUUUGAUAUCCUUCAGGCUCUAAAUGAAAUCGAGCACCGUCUUCAUAAGCUCGACAUGCAACCAUUAGAAGCAGAAAUCCACCACGACCUAAACAUAAAGGUAAAUGAAAUUUUUCGCUUUUGCGACACUCCUGCUCUCAUUCCUCUUACACUGUUACUGGUCCAAGUCAUGCAGGUGCUGUUAAACUAA